AAUGACAUUGACGUUUGACAGUUCCAAUUUGAUCUUUGUUAGACGUAAACAAAAUAUUGAAUUUAGCUCUAAAACACAAUAAAACUAAGCUACCAUGGAGAAAGAGUUAGACAAAGUAGUUGAGGAGAUAAUGUCGACUCCUAACGUUAGUGGUUGCCUAGUAGCAGACCACCAGGGGCUGUGUUUGGCUGCGAAAGGAACGGCGCACGUUGACUCAGCAGGGAUUGUAGUCGCGAUAUCUGAGCAGGCGUGUAAAAUACAGCCCAAUCUGAAGCCGCCCACCGUUUGUCUGGAGACGGACAAGAAGCAGUGUUUGAUACAGCGACACGGAACGAUCACUGGAGCGAUUAUCAAGCAGAAGUCAUAAUUUCUACUUGCAAUGCCUCCGAUGCUGAUAAUGAAAGAUGAUUGUUUAUUUUAUGUUAAAUAUUAUAAAAUGUAUGUACCUUAAUAUUAUAAUAAUGAUGCUAGUGUAUUUUUUGUAAAUAAAGAAUUUUACAUUAUAUACAUAAA